GUAUGAAGUUAGAUAGAAAUCAGCGCUGGCUACGUGCAAAGAAUUUCCUCCAUCUUGGAAUAACUUCAGAGCCGUUUCACAUACCGAAGAAAUGUUCUGUAAGUCACGCUUGUUGGUGAAAUGCCGCUACGUUUGUCAUUCAAGUUUGAUGAGAAUCAUGACUCUGAACACAACUCCAUGUUAUGCUCAAGAGUAAGUGAAGAACUUGCCCAUGAGUAUGGGGGAGCUCAGAAAUGUCCAUGGUCUGCUGUUUUGAUAAAAGAAGCAUUUAAGACCUACUUUAGGUCUUCGAGAGCCUCAAACAUUAGAAGUACCAGGGGAACACAGAAAGAGCAUGUUGCUAGAUGUAAAAGACGUAACAGAAAAAAUGAGAAACUUGCUCGAAGGUUAAAGCAACUUGAGAAGGCUUGCUAUGACGCUCAAAAAACCGCGAAAUUUGCAGAUGUUAUGAAAUCUGAGUACAUGUCCUCCGAAGAGAGCGAAUUUGACGAGUCAACCGAGAACAAAAUUGUGAGGUACAAUGUGCAAAAGUUACCCUGGGAGAGUCGAGCUCUACGAAGGAUGAAGAGAAAAUUGGACAAACUUCACAAUGCAUCGCUAUCUGACCUUGUCCAGAAGCGAGUUGGAGAACCGUCCACAAGACCAAAGCCGAAAGAUUGCCCAGAGUGGGCAGCUUUAGACAAUGCUAUAGAAAAUAAUAGUCAAUCACUCAACUCAAGUGAUACAUCUCUAAAUGACUCAUUUGAUGACACUUUUUGUGAAUCCUUUUAA